AUUGAUCAAAAUGCAUGAAGAUAACGGACUAUUAGAUGAGAAUACUAAACAAAACCUCGAAUCUAAUACAGAAGUAGCAGGUCAGAGAGACCCAGAAGAGAUCAACAAGAUCAAGAAGAAAGUAGAGGAAGACAUGAAGGAAGUUUCAGAGUCUUCAGGACCUACCUCCGUACUUCCAAAAGGAAUUAAAUAAAUCUAAUUUCUCUAUCGAAGAAGGUAACAUCAUCUAUGCUCCUGAAAACCCUGAGUUUGACUUUGAGGCUUUGAAAGCUUCAUCACACUUUAUUUUCAAGAAGCUCAAAGAAUCAAUCUACAUGGGAGAGGUUCAGAAGGGCAAGAGGCAUGGCCAAGGAGUGAUGAAGUAUAAUUCUGGAAGAGUCUAUGAAGGCGAAUGGGAGAAUGACAUCCGCUGCGGCAAGGGCUUCGAGCGCUAUACCAAUAAUAAUGCUUAUGUGGGAGAAUUCAAACAAUCGAAACCUUGUGGGAAAGGAGUCUAUAAGUGGGGCAAUGGUGAGGUCUAUGAUGGAGAAUGGCACAAUGGACUCAAACAUGGCUACGGAAUCUGGAAAGGCAUAUACGGUGACUCUUAUAUAGGGGAGUGGAAGAACUCUAAAGCUGAUGGUUAUGGAGUUCAUACCUGGAGUAAUGGUGAUAGGUAUGAAGGAGAGUGGAAAGCAUGUCUGAAGCAUGGGAAUGGAACUGAUAUUUUCUCAAAUGGAGAUAUCUACAUUGGGCAUUACAAAGACGGUAAGCCAGACGGGUAUGGGCAAUACAUUUGGGAAAGCGGCUCGAGCUAUGUUGGCAACUUUAAAGAUGGUCUCAAGCAUGGAAAGGGUAAAUGGAAGCAGAACAAGAAAGGAGCCCUUUCCAACACCUACGAAGGCGAAUAUUACAAUGAUGUCAAACAAGGCGAGGGAGUCUUCCGCUGGGCUUCUGGAAAUGUUUACAUUGGCCGCUACAAAAAUGAUGAGAGAGACGGCCACGGAGAAAUGAUGUGGACAGAUGGCUCUAAAUAUGUAGGCGAGUGGAAAAACGGAAUCCAAAAUGGCUACGGUAAAAUGGAAUUCCCCAAUGGCACAGUCAAAGAAGGAUAUUUUGAUAACAAUAUUUUUAAAGGAAAGAAUAAACCUGAAGAACCUGUAUUUGAAGAUAAUGAAGUUCCAUUGGAAAACAGUAAGAUGGACCCGAUUGAGCAAGAAGAUCUAUGGGAGAAAUAUGGCCAAAAGAGGAAAGGCAAAGGCAAGCCUAGUGCUAAUGCUUCUGGAGAUGGAUGGUAUUAUGACCCUGAUUUAAUAAAUGAAGGCAAUGCUCAUUAUUCAGCAUUAGAUGCCGAAGAAUACAACAAUAAUAUGAUUCAUACAGCUCAUCCAAAAGAUGAAGGAGAUAAAGCUAGGAACAAGAAUACUGCUGAUACAACAGUUAGGAAAAAGGCAAGAAAUUCAAAAACAAGAAUGUCGUCAACUGGUCUAAAGAAUAAGAAAGGAAUGAGGGCUCCUAUACCCAAAGUACCAGCUGCUAAGAAUCGUAAAAGAUAGCCCUCAUCUUUGGAUCGUACUAAUAAUUGCUAAUAAUUCUU